UGUCCUUUUUUAGUUUAAAGGCAUUCAUACCUUGACUUAAUAUACAAUUCACAAUGCAAAAUACUAAUCAAAUACCAGAAUCUAGAAAACGUAAACCAGCCAAAACAUAUGAAAAAUCAUCUUUUGUUGAUAUAUAUAAAGGAUUCCAGACCUUACUGAAAGGUGAAUUUUUUUGUGAUAUAAAAUUGAAAACGGACGAUAAAAAAAUAAUAACUGCACAUAAAGUGAUUUUAUCAGCAGCUAGUCCGUAUUUCCGUGCAAUUUUCACAAAUCGUGCAGAAAGAAAUCAUGAUCUUGUGGCUAUAAGAUGUGUAGAUUAUACCGCUUUACAGCUUUUAAUAAAUUUUAUAUACUCGGGAAAAAUCGUGAUUACUAAUGAAAACGUCCAGAACUUGUUAACAGCUGUAGAUAUCUUGGAGUUAAAAGAAGUUGAAGAUGCAUGUUGUGAUUUCUUACAGUCACAACUCUGCCCCACAAAUUGUAUUGGUAUUAACGCUAUUGCUGAUUUACAUGGCUGUACGAAAUUGAGAAAAAGAUCAGAAUUAUAUAUUCUUCAACACUUUUCAGAUGUAAUUGGUGGUGACGAAUUCCUAUCCUCAACAUUCGAACAAGUAAUGCACUUGAUAUCCAGUGACAAACUUAUAGUUCCAUCUGAAGAAAAAGUUUUUGAAAGCGUAAUUACCUGGGUAAAACAUGAUUUGAAAUCAAGAGAAUGUAUUUUACCCCGAUUAAUGGAACAUGUACGUUUAGCAUUAACAUCAAAUGAUUACAUAAGAAAAAAAGUAGCUAAGGAUACCCUUAUAAAGAAUUGUCUUGAAUGUAAACGUUACGUAUUUGAGGCAUUAAAAACACUCAAAGGAGAAGAGCUUAUCACCCAAAGCAUACGUAGUAGACCCAGGCAUGAAGAUAAGGUUAUAUUAGUUGUUGGUGGAAUUCAGACUGGAUUAAGUAAAACUUUAGAAUAUUUCGAUCCAAUGACAGAAAAAUGGCAUUUUGGCCCGGAAUUAAUUACCAAUCAUAGACGACAUAGUCUAGUCGUAAUUAAAGACAAUUUGGUAUUUGAUGUGGGUGGUUAUGAAAUUGGUUUAUCACCUUUUCGGUGUGUUCACAUGCUAGAUAUAACUGAAAAUCCACCACAUUGGCAACUAACUAACGACCUGUUAGUUGAACGACAAUUUUUAGGUGUUGGUGUAAUAAAUGAUAAUAUCUAUGCUGUAGGCGGAUCAAAUGAUAGAUAUGAAGAUUUAAAAAGUGCCGAAGUUUUUGACUUCAAUACUAAAAAAUGGCGAAUGAUAUCCAGUAUGAAUACUUUGAGAUCUCUAUUUACGGUUGGAGUCCUGAAUGAUCUUUUAUAUGUGGUAGGAGGUUUUGAUCAAUCAUUACAGGCUUUAAACACUGUUGAGUGUUAUAAUCCCAGUACUAAUAUGUGGACACCAGUCGCAAACAUGCGUGAACGCCGCUGUUGUGCCCGGUGUAGGAGUUUUAAACGGUGAACUAUAUGUUGUAAGCGGUCGUAAUGGAUCAG